UGUGUUAACAGCGAAACAAAAAAUUGCGGUUUUAAACGAUUUAAAGACUUCCAAAGACCGAAAAACCAUUGCUGCUAAAUAUAAAGUUAGCUUAAGCACUAUAUCGCGCAUUCAAAUCCAAGAGAACAAAAUCCGCGCCAUAACAAAUCCCAAUAGGAAACGGGAUAGGAAAGGCGCACACGUGAAUUUGGACAGAACCUUGUUGUCCUGGUUUAACCAAAUCCGGUCCCAAAAUGGAAUUGUUACCGGACCUGUCUUGCUUUCUAAAGCACAGGAAUUUGCGUUAAAAUUAAACGAAAGUUAUGUGCCAGACCGUAGUUGGUUGCAGCGUUGGUGCGGGCGAAAUGCCCUUAACUUCUCCAAGAUUUACGGAGAAGCUGGCGAAAAUAACGCAACAAGUGCAGAAGUUUUCACUACUAACCGUUUGCCUCAUAUUAUUGAAAAAUUUUCGCCGGAUUGUAUAUUUAAUGCCGAUGAAACCGGGCUGUACUACAAGGCGUUGCCAAAUGGAAGUUACAAAGGCAAGUAUGAGAAUCCAAAGGGAUUCAAAACUCAAAAGCAACGCCUCACAUUUCUGUUUCUAUGCAAUGCAACCGGCACGUAUAAACGUGCAUAUUGCAUUGGAAAGUCGGCUAAACCACGGUCUUUUAAAGGAAAACAGCUACCGCUGCCAUAUUAUAAUAAUAGAAGUGCUUGGAUGACGAGUGUUAUUUGGAAAAAGAUUCUAAUAGAUCUCAAUCAAAAUCUUGAAAAAGAUAACAAGCAGAUAUGUUUGAUUGUUGAUAAUGCUCCUUGCCACAAUACAGAUGAGAAAUUCUCAAACAUUACGAUUGAAUUUUUGCCACCAAAUACAACUGCCCUUAUACAGCCACUUGAUCAAGGUAUCAUCCACUCCUUUAAAAUGGAAUAUCGACAAAUACUAAAAAAAAAACAAAUUUGUGCGUUGGAGAAGGGCUUAUCUAUAGUUGAAUUCCUGAAAUCGCUCAUUAUUUUGGAUGGUAUCAAUUAUGCAAAUCGCGCUUGGAACCUUGUUAAGCAGCAAACAAUUAGUAAUUGUUUCAAAAAGGCAGGCAUUGACAACAUUCAAUUCAUUACAGAUGAGAUUGCAGCCACAGAAGGCGAAAACUAUGAAUGGUGCACACUCGAUAAUGAAUACAUUCAAUGCGAUAAUGAACUUGUCUGCUUUGGAACCAUGUCGGACGAGGAUAUUGUUGCGGACGUAUUGGCCGUCAAUCAAAAUUCUACUGAAGAUGAGGAAGUGUUCGCGCAAUCUGAGGCUUGUAUUAAACACCCCUCAACGAAAAAUGCCUUGCUAAGCUUAGAUUCGCUGCGUGACUAUUUUUGUCAUAACAAUAUAGAUCCCUUAGAGGCUUUUGAAGAUAUUGAAAAUUUAAUCCUAGAGAGUUCUGAAAAACAGAAAUGCCAGAAGAAAAUAACAGAUUUUUUAAGUAAAUCUUAACAAUUUUCAAAUUAAAUGAAUUGACUGAAGUGAAAUAUAAUUUUUAUUAAAACUGAAUAAGUUUAUAUAUUCUAUUUCUUGUGUGCUAUUUUUUGUUUACAUCGAAUUGAUUGUGUAUAUGCAUAUAUUUUGCAUAUAAGCGAAUACCGCUUGUUUGCAAUUACCGCCUGUAUGCAAAUUUUUUUUUGCAUUAUAACAAUUGCAUAUAACCGAUAUCUACUGUAGAUAUUA